AUGUCUGUCGAUCCAUACCAUGCCGUGCAGCAGGAGAUUCAGACGUCGCUGCAAACCGCUGCCCAAUUGAGGUCCUCUUACCUCCGCAUACGAAAUAUGGCCUCAGAAGACAGCGAGGAGUUGAUGUGGGCGCGAAACGAACUGAAAGCUACGUUAGCUGCGCUCGAGGCGGACCUUGAGGAUUUGGAGGAGAGUGUAAAAAUUGUGGAGUCCACUGAUGCGCGAAUGUUUGGUCUUGACGAUGCGGAGGUUCAGACGCGACGCCAGUACGUGGGACAUGUGCGGAAAGAAAUCGAGAGUAUGAGAACAGAAUUGACUGCCUCGUCCCUGUCAAUACCUCGACAGCGUCAAACCUCGGAUUCCACACAACGCGAUAAACCUGGUUCUCCGUUCUCUGACCAAUAUGGAGACGAUCAUCAAGCUGAAUGGGCACGAGAAGAACAACAGAUGAUGAUACGAGAACAAGAUAACACAAUGGACUCAAUAGCUGGCACGCUCAACACCCUCGCCCAACAAGCUAGUCUGAUGGGACAAGAAAUUGGCCAGCACAAUGAAAUGCUUGACGAUCUUGAGCAAAACGUUGACAAGACCGACACCAAGUUAAGCGAUGCAAUGCGGCGACUCCGCAAGUUCCUGAGAGAUUCUGAGGAAAGGGGGAGCGGUUGGUGUAUCGUUAUUUUGAUAUUGGUAUUAAUGGCUCUUCUGCUCGCUGUUAUACUGGUAUAA